CAAAAAACUCCAGCUAGGCGAGCGCAGUGGUUUGAAAAGUUGGUGUAUGAGGACAGUUAGAUUCUGUUUAUAUUAUCUGAACUAAUGUUCAGCUUUUUAAGCUUUUUGGACUAAAAAGACAGUGAUGGCACUGCAUCCAGCCAAGGAGGAGGCGCUUCUGGUGUGGAUCAACGGUCUGCAGCUGGACAGUCUGCAGCCGGUGCAGCGAAUCACACAGCUGCAGGAUGGAAAUCUGCUCCUCAAACUCGUCUAUAAACUGAAAGGGGAGGAGCCCAGCCAGGCUCCUGUGCACCUGCCUCAAGCAGAAAGGCUGUCAAUCAUCUCUGACUUCCUCCACAGUGUGUGUCAUGUGGAAGAGUGUGUCCUCCUCACACUGGCCAAGGGAAAGAUGCUAGAGUUGGAGCUCACCAAGGUUGUGCUGCUCCUGUGCUACUACGGACUCGUUAACAACAAUCUGGUGCCCAAAGUGGAGUUUGAAACCGAGCUGCAGAUGGCGACCAUGUUGCGUUAUGUUCAGCAGGGAGCGAGCGGUCUGUCUCUGCGUGAAGGUCUGGACAAACUCCUCACCACAAGCUCUCUGAUCCACACUUCGUCUGUGAGCAGUAUGUCCUCUCACAGCGAGGACGGCUCGCCCGUUUUCUCCCGGUCACGCCGCUCACCGCUCGUCGACUUUGUCGAGCUCAACACCGUGGCCUCCAGCUCGUUUGUCGGCUCUCCGCUGCAGGAGCUGAUGAGCACGCCUCAGGUGCAGGUGAAGCGGCUGCGUAAGGAGUUAGCACGUGAGGAAGACGUGCGAGACGAACUAGAACGAGAGCUGGCUGAGCGCAUCACCCUCCUCUCAGAGAAAGAGGGACAGAUCAGUCAGCUUCAGCACAGGCUGCAGCGCUUGCAGAGGGAUCAGGAGGAGAUGGAGAAGGAGCACAAAGCUACACUGACUGAGCUGCAGCAGAAGAACGAUGGUCUCCUCACGCGGGUACACGAGGUCCUAAAGCAGUGUCGAGACCUUAAAACAGACAACAGUCAGAAAGAGAGACGGAUUGACGAGCUGAUGGAGGAGAAUGGCACUCUCGCCGCACAGGUGAGAAACGCCUUCGCCCAGCUUGCGAGGGCCGAGGAGGAAGUCGCUAAAAUAACAGAAGCUCACGAUUCGUCCCAGACGGAGUGGGGGAACAGGAGGGACUUGCUGCAGAGAGAGCUAAGCCAGGCCCUCACGGACAGGGAAUGUCUUACUGAGCAAAUUCAGAUCUUACAAGGAAAGAUCUCCGUUUUGGAGGAUGAACUCGCCAAACUCUCACAGCAACCCCAAGAGAAAGGUGAAGUCCUGGGACCGAUUGUAGAGCGAGAGGAACUGAUGCAGGAACUCGCAGACUUGACUCUAAAACUUUCCCAACUUGAAGAAACCAUUUCCCUCCUUGAGAAGCAGAAAAUGGCCGUCGAAACACUAUUAGCAGAAGAGAGAAGGUCUUUCGAAAAGGAAACCCUGCGCUUGGAGGGACGUAUCUCAGAUCUUCAGCAGUCGCUAAACAAUAUACAAGCAGAGAAGGAAGCUCAGGAACAGGCCUCAAGGAACAAACAGGACACUCUUACCUCCCAGAUAGCAGCUUUGGAAACUGAACUGACUCGUCUUCAACAGCUAGAAGUCCAGCUAACAGCAGAGAUCGCUGCAUCUGCUGAACUUCGGCAGCAACGUGGGGUGCUGGAGGCAAAGGUCGCCUCAUUGGAGGAUAUGGUUAAUAUGCUACAAUCCAAGUGCCAAAACAUGGAGGCAGAAAAUACAGCACAGCAGGAAAUUCUUAAUGCUGUCAGGGCUGACCUGCAAAAUGCCCAAAUUUCCCUUGUGGAAUACGAAAAAAAGUUGGCAGGCCAUCAAAAAGUGGUAGAGGAGAAUGCCUCUCUCCGUGCCAGAAUCUCUGCAUUGGAUGAUACCAUUGCAAAUCUGCAAACUGAGAUUGAUGCCGAGAGGAAAAGAGGCGAUGAGCUUCUUACAGCGAAAGAGAAGCAGACAGCUUUGAUGGACGAAAAGUUCCAAAAACAGGAGCAAAAAGCUCAGGAGAUGUAUGCAGAACUAGAGACUCUGAGCCAAGAACUUCGCAAAAUGAAGCAUCAGAACCUUGAUGCUGAAUCACGUAUAGAGAAGUUAACCCAAGAAGGAACAGACCUUAAAGCAAGUCUAGCAGAGGAGCGAGAUCGAGGCCAGGCACAACUGGAUCUAGUAAACAAGGCCAAAGAGGCGAGGGAGAUGGAACUGCGGCAAAUUAUUACAGAAAAUCAGAGCAAAAUAUCAGAGUUACAGAGUAAGAUUGAGGGAACUGUUGAGUCACUGAAGCAAAGCGAAUCUGAACUGUCAGUGCUGAAAGAAAAAAUUAUUUCUAAAGAUGGAGAACUCGUCAUACAACAACAGGAACUGGCCCACCUUCAAAAUAAGGCAGACAAUCUGCAAAGGCAGCUCUUGGAAGUUGAAGGGCUUUCACAACAACUGAGACAGGAUGUGGUAUCUAAAGACAGGGAAGUCCAACACUUGAAGGUGGAGCUUGAACAGAAAGAAGGAGAGAUCCAGUCCCUUAAGGUCAGCCUUCAGUCUAUUGAGGUGAGGUCCACUGAAAUGCGUGAUCUUCACCAGAAGGAAGUUGAACAGCAGAGGCUUGCUAUCGCAGACCUGAAGUUGCAACUUGCUGAAGCUGAGAAACUUAUCUUGGAGAAAGUUAAAACUCUGGAAGAUCUUGCCCAGCAGUUAAAGGACUUAAAGGAAGAACUUUCCAUCGAAAGGCAGAGAGUUGCUACAUUGGAAAUUAGUUUCAAGGCUUCAAAAGAGGCCCAUGAAAUCCAGGAGCAGACUUUGAGACUGGAGGUUACACAACUGCAGCAGGAGAAUGAUGGACAUUUGAAGAAGUUGGAAGAGUCAUUAAAUGAGAUUAAUUCCCUCAAGGAGGAAAUGUCCCGCCAACAGGAUGUUGCACUCCAGAAGGAACGAGAGGUUUCUGUUUUAGCAGCACAAAACAAAUCUCUGGAGGAAAACUUUGGUCAACUUCAGAAUAAACUAGCAGAGGUGACUACACUAGCUACAGAAAGACAAUCUGAGCUACUCAAGCUUCAAGAGGAGGUCCAGCAUCAAGAGAAUCUCAGAGCAAAAGCUCAGGAAAUUGAGGAGACUCAAUGUAAUGAGCUUCAAAGAGAGGUAACUGAACUUCAAGCUAGAGUUCAGGAGCUUACUAGUCUUGCUUCUGAAAGAGACAUACAGCUUAGUUCUCUUUGUGAAAAGAUGAAAGAACAGGAAGUCUACAGCCAGAAACACCUUCAGAAAGCUGAAGAAGCUCUUCAGAAAGAACUUGAGAACGUAGUAGACUUGAAAGGGCAACUUGAGUCUGCUAAGCAUCAGACUGCAGCUAAAAACGAGCUUUUGGAGUCAACGGAAGAAAAGCUGAAACAAAUGGAGCUCAUGUACCAACAGAAAGAGACCCUUGCUAGUGAAGCUUGUCAGGCCAAGGAAACUUUAGAGAGAACAGUGACUGAGCUUUGCAGUAAGCAGAAGCAAGAUUUGGACAGGUACCAGCAAGAUUUAGAGACCUUGACAAAGGACAAGGAACACCUGUCUUUGGUGAAUGCAUCGCUCCAGAGUGAAUGCCAGACCUUGCAGACAGAGAGCAAGGAGCAACAGGAGACAUUAAAUGCAUUUAAGGCUGACCUGCAGAGCACCCAAGAUCAAUAUGAGAGAGAUCUAGAAGCCCUGAAGAAGGAAAAGGAGCAUCUCCAGGAUGAGUGCCAGAGCUUGCAGACUGAGAACAAGGGACAGCAAGAGGCUCUGAAUACCCUGAAGGCUGAUCUUCAGAAAACCCAAGAAGGGUAUCAGAAAGAUUUGGAGAUCAUGAAAAAAGAGAAGGAACAUCUCUCUUCAGUAAAACAGUCCCUCCAGAUGGAGUGUCAGAACUUACAGACAGAGAAUAAGGUGCAGCUGGAGGAGUUAAAUGUCCUGAAGGCUGACUUACAGAGCACCCGAAAUGGGUAUCAGCAAGAGAUAGAAACAUUAAAGAAUGAGAAGGAACAUCUCUCUUCAGUGACCCAGUCCCUCCAGAGUGAGUGCCAAACCUUGCAGGCAGAGAAAACUGGGCAACAGGAGGAGUUGAACGCCAUCAAGGCUGACCUGCAAGAAAACAAAGAUAAAUAUGAAAAAGAUCUGGAGAUCUUGAAGAAUGAGAAGGAUCAGCUCUCUUCUGUGAACCAGUCCCUCCAGACUGAGUACCAAACCUUGAAAGUAGAGUACAAGGAACAACAGGAGACACUUAAUGCUCUCAAGGUAGACCUACAGAAUGCCCAAGAUGGGUUCCAACAAGAGUUAGAAACUUUGAAGAAGGAACAGGAACAUCUCUGUUCUGUGAACCAGUCCCUCCAGAGUGAUUGCGAGAACCUGCAGGCAGAGAAAACAGGGCAACAGGAGGAGUUGAAUGCCCUCAGGGCUGACCUGCAAAAAAGCAAAGAUAAAUACGAAAAAGAUAUGGAAACCUUGAAGAAUGAGAAGGAACAACUUGCAUUAGUGAACCAGUCCCUCCAGAGUGAGUGCCAGAACCUGCAGGCAGUGAAAACGGGGCAAGCGGAGGAGUUAAAUGCCCUCAAGGCUGACCUGCAAGAAGGCAAAGAUAAAUACCAAAAAGACCUAGAGACUUUGAAGAAUGAAAAGGAACACCUCUCUUCUGUGAACCAGUCCCUUCAGACUGAGUGCCAAACCUUGCAAGCAGAGAACAAGGGACAACAGGAGAUGCUUAAUGCUCUCAAGGUAGACCUACAGAAUGCCCAAGAUGGGUUCCAACAAGAGUUAGAAACUUUGAAGAAGGAACAGGAACAUCUCUGUUCUGUGAACCAGUCCCUCCAGAGUGAUUGCGAGAACCUGCAGGCAGAGAAAACAGGGCAACAGGAGGAGUUGAAUGCCCUCAGGGCUGACCUGCAAGAAAGCAAAGAUAAAUACGAAAAAGAUAUGGAAACCUUGAAGAAUGAGAAGGAACAACUUGCAUUAGUGAACCAGUCCCUCCAGAGUGAGUGCCAGAACCUGCAGGCAGUGAAAACGGGGCAAGCGGAGGAGUUAAAUGCCCUCAAGGCUGACCUGCAAGAAGGCAAAGAUAAAUACCAAAAAGACCUAGAGACUUUGAAGAAUGAAAAGGAACACCUCUCUUCUGUGAACCAGUCCCUUCAGACUGAGUGCCAAACCUUGCAAGCAGAGAACAAGGGACAACAGGAGAUGCUUAAUGCUCUCAAGGUAGACCUACAGAAUGCCCAAGAUGGGUUCCAACAAGAGUUAGAAACUUUGAAGAAGGAACAGGAACAUCUCUGUUCUGUGAACCAGUCCCUCCAGAGUGAUUGCGAGAACCUGCAGGCAGAGAAAACAGGGCAACAGGAGGAGUUGAAUGCCCUCAGGGCUGACCUGCAAGAAAGCAAAGAUAAAUACGAAAAAGAUAUGGAAACCUUGAAGAAUGAGAAGGAACAACUUGCAUUAGUGAACCAGUCCCUCCAGAGUGAGUGCCAGAACCUGCAGGCAGUGAAAACGGGGCAAGCGGAGGAGUUAAAUGCCCUCAAGGCUGACCUGCAAGAAGGCAAAGAUAAAUACCAAAAAGACCUAGAGACUUUGAAGAAUGAAAAGGAACACCUCUCUUCUGUGAACCAGUCCCUUCAGACUGAGUGCCAAACCUUGCAAGCAGAGAACAAGGGACAACAGGAGAUGCUUAAUGCUCUCAAGGCAGACCUACAGAAUGCCCAAGAUGGGUUCCAACAAGAGUUAGAAACUUUGAAGAAGGAACAGGAACAUCUCUGUUCUGUGAACCAAAAAGAUCUGGAAACCUUGAAGAAUGAGAAGGAACAGCUUGCUUUAGUGAACCAGAGCCUCCAGGCAGAGAAAAUGGGGCAAGCGGAGGAGUUAAAUGCCCUCAAGGCUGAUCUGCAACAAAACAAUGAUAAAUACCACAAAGAUCUGGAGACCUUAACGAACGAGAAGGAUCAUCUUGCCUCAGUGAACCAGUCCCUUCAUGAAGACCUUGAGGCAGCCCAGAAGGUGCGAGCAGAACUGAUCUCUGUCAAAGAAGUCGCUCAACAGCGAGAAAAUGAGCAUGAAAACCAAGUUAAGGAACUACAGAUGAAGAUUAAAGAAUUUUCAACACUAGCUGUUGAAAGAGAGGCUGAAGUUAAAAAUCUUCACCUAGAAGUAAAGCAGCAAGAAGCUUCAAGGCUCAGCGCUCAAGAAUCUGAGAAGGCUCUAAGAGCUGAAUUACAGACAAAGGUUCCUCAACUUCAAAUCCAGGUUGAAGAAGCCUCUAAACUUGCAUCUGAGAGAAAGUCUGAGCUGAGUUUGCUCCAAGAUCAGUAUAAGGAGUCUGAGAAGCAGAAGCAAGAUGCCUGUCAGGCUAACGAAGUCUUGGAGAAAGCAGUUUCUGAGCUGCGCCUCAAGCAAAAACGAGAGCUUGAGGAGUACCAUCAGCAACUGGAAGCCUUGGGAAAGGAGAAAGAUGCCCUUACCACUGUAAACCAGUCCCUCCUGGCUGAGAGAGAGGCACAACAGGAGGCUCUGAAUGACCUACAGAGUGGCUUGCAGCAGGAGGUGAAGACACUGAAAAAAGAAAAGGAGCAUCUGUCUUCAGUAAACCAAUCACUUCAGAGGGAGUGUGAUGUGUCUCAGAGACUCGGAGCAGAGCUGGAGGCGAUGGUGAAAGAGCACACUGAAUCAAUCCGGGCUAUGAAGGAGGAUAUCCAGAAGAAAGAGAAGCAGAACCAAGAACUACAGAAAACAGUGGAGCACUACAAAGGACAGGUAGAAAAGGCAAAAACUCAUUACAAUGGUAAAAAACAACAACUCCUGGAGGAGCAGGAAGCACGUCAGACCCUUCAGGCCUCUUUGGAAACCAAUGAGAGAGAGGCAAAGACUUUGAAGGCUGAGCUAAAACUUGUCUCCAUGGAGCUGGAGAAGAUCAAGGCAUCUGAGAAGAGUUUGAUGGUAAAGGUCAAGAACCUGGAGACGCAGUUGGAUUAUGCAGACCGUCAGUUAAGAGAACAAAGAAAGCAGGGAAGCCAAAAGGUCCAGGUGAAACCCAGAGAAAGUGUUUACAUGAAAAACCCAGACAAUCCGCAGAAUGCCAGCACGGACAGCCUGGACCUCGACCUGGAUGAUUCUCUGAAUGCCAUUGGUAGUAAACAGUCAGUGCCUGGUGAGUCCAGCACUCCUUUGGUCCGAAGUUCUGAACGAUUAGCGGCAAAACGCCGCGCUCAAGACGGAUCACUAGAGACUCUAUUCUUCACUCCCAUGAUGCCGCGGGGCAAGAAACGUGACGACGCAGCCCAGGACCACAAAUUAGAAAGCAGCAUCACGUCACUCGGAGAGCUAACUCUUGACUCAGCGAGGAAGCCGAGCUCUUCGGUCCGGAGACGACGCACCACACAAGUCAUCAACAUCACUAUGACCAAGAAAACUCUCGGUGGUGCGGCAGACGCAGACGAAUCUUUCUUCAGCCUGCACUCUGCUCAGUCGCAGCCCAAUCUUGCCUCUCACAAAGCUCGUCCCAUUUCAGCAGAGAUCUUUGAGGAUCCCAACAAACUUCUCAGCCUUCCUGGGUAUCGCCGUAGCAAUGCGCACGGCACCGUUCCCCCACGAGCCUCAAGCGUGUUCUGUAUAGGAUCUGAGUAUGAGCCGGACCACACUGCUGAUGACUGGAUGAGACUCGCAGAGCUGCAGUCGCGUAAUAAAGCCUGUUUACCUCAUCUGAAGAGCAGCUACCCGCUGGAGUCCAGGCCCAGCCUGGGUUUCUCGCACCUGCCUGUAACCGACGAGGACGUUCGUACCGGCGACCCUAACGAGACCAUCCGCCGUGCCUCCAUGAUCCCCUCUCAGCUCAAGGACUCCGUCGCUAGUCACCGCCUCUCCCUAGCUCCGCCUGCUGCAGCUGCUCAUGGCCACGCCCCCUCACAACGCGCACCCCAGGUCUCCAAAGCACGGGAACUGCGAUCCACACGCAGCCCGCUGGCCCCUAAACGGCCCGCGAUGCAAGUACAGGACUCGGACACGCCCGAGGCAAAGAAGGCAGUCAGCUGCUUCCCUCGAACUCCGAAAGGGAGGAACCUUCGCUCUAGCAACUCGCAGAACGUUGCACCCUCUCCGGCCGAUCGGAGGCAGUCCAUGGCGUUCGUGAUCGAUAAUACUCCUAAAAAAGUUGUGCGUGGGGACAGCAGGCUGCAGCGCGGCAUCAACAAAUUCCGCAAAUCCCCUCGCACCGCCAGCACGAAGUCACCAAAGAUCAUCAGCAGUGCGAAGAAGAGCCCAGCCUUCGGCGGUUUGCUCUGAUUAAAUCAGCUGAUGAAGGUCAGGAUGAAGAUGUGAGACCGCGUCCUUCCUCGUCCUCUAAACAACGUGCAAUAGGAACAACGUCAGGAUUCUGAUUUUUAUAUGACGAAUGUUUGGGUGUGGAUUUUUUUUUUUUGUUACAUUUCUUAUAAAUGAAUUAUUUUCUAUAUAUAGAAUCAGAGGCAUUUGAACUUUAUUGCACUUAUUGCUUUCAUCUCAUUGUGUGGAUUUUUCAGUACUGAUCAUUGUGUUAUUGCGGAGACCAAAAUGACAUCACUACACAUUUUUUUUUUUUUUAAAUUGCCAUAAGACUGCUGUUCUUAUCCUUUGUGAAAGAAUUGAUCUCGCUGCCUACAUAGGCAGCCUCUGACCACCCUCUCUUCCACUAUCUUCUGUGUGUUGUAUAUUGUGGCACAUCGUAAAACUGAUUAUCGACACAUCCCUACAUUAUAGCAGGUUUAAAUCGUAUGAGAUGCUCUUGAUAAUUUACUAAAUAUUGCGAUGUUCGUUGAAUGGGCUCACACGCUUUUCUUUAUUCCAUUUCCACACAGCUGUAAAUAUUCAGAAUCAUUUAUAAUAGUUUAUUUUUGGCUUUAUAUUUUGGUAUUUUUAAUUGUUUCCUCCUUUUUGUCUCUCUGUGGGUUUUUUUUUUUUUUUUUUUUUUUUUUCCUGUGUGCAUUUUUAAAUGCUUCUGGUUUGUCCAUUUGAUCUGUCAUUAUGUCAUUAUUAUUUUUUUCUUUCACUCAUAUUCCACGAUCCAACAAUCCAAAAAGUGUUGAGCUAAGAGUUCAUACUCACAACACUGAUUUCUCAGUUAAUCAGUAUGUGUAUAUAUUGUAUUUUUCUUUCUUCAUCUGUUAUUUUUAAAUGUUUGUCCUUGUGUUCCUUCUAUUCUUUGCUUCAUUUUCACCUUUAAAAGUUUUAGUUUCAGAAAUUAAACUCUCAUUGAAGUGA